GAAUUCCACCGGACCAGCAGCGUUUAAUCUUCGCCGGGAAGCAACUCGAGGAUGGACGAACGCUAGCUGAUUACAACAUCCAGAAAGAGUCGACACUUCAUCUGGUGCUGAGGCUGAGGGGUGGUAUCAUCGAGCCAUCACUCAUGGCCCUUGCCAGGAAAUAUAACCAGGACAAGAUGAUCUGCAGAAAGUGUUAUGCUCGUCUGCAUCCUAGGGCUGUGAAUUGCCGUAAGAAGAAGUGUGGUCAUAGCAACCAGUUGAGACCUAAGAAGAAGAUCAAGUAAACCCUGGCUGAGCUGUAUUCCGCAUUUCUAGUUAUUUCUGAUAUGGAAUAUAUGAGAUCUUUUUUGGGAGGAAUUUAGCUUGCAUGUUAUUUUUCUUUCCUAGUUUAUCAGCAAAUACAAACUGCCUUUUGGUUCUCGAUAAGUGCUGGAAAUGUGAAUCGUUAAUGCAUGUUAGAUCUUUUCCGAGUAAUGCAAUCGUUUGUUUUCUCUUUUUACGGUAA